UUCUUGAUUUAAAAGCAUAUUCCAAAUGAACCAACAGCUGAUCUUUACUUAUUUGGAAUUGUUUUUCAUUUGAAGUUUAUUAAUUUUGUUUUUUCAUCCCGUGAAAACAGCUAACAUACCAUUAAUAAAUCAUAGUUAAAUUAUAUAACAUUUUGGCUACGUUAUACAUAUAAGUUGCCUGUUGCCCAAAUUAAAAUUUUGUGCAUUUUUUAAUUAAUAUUUAACAAAAUGGCACAUCGUCUGCGUUUUCUUAAUCCGAAAAAGACUCUGUUCCUUCUGUGUGAUAUCCAGGAGAAAUUUCGACCAGUGAUUCCAUUGUUCGAGGGAUUGGUAAAGAACGCUAAUAAAUUGACGAAAGCAGGUAAAGAAUUUGACAUUCCUCUAAUAGUGUCAGAGCAAUUUCCUGAAAAGCUUGGAAAAACUGUGUGCGAGUUAGAUGUCGCACAUGCUGCAGCUGUUAUAAGUAAAACCCAGUUCAGUAUGCUUGUACCCGAUUUGGAAAAUCAAAUUAAAACAAUAUAUGGAGAGAAGCCUUGUGAUGUCGUACUCUAUGGAUUAGAGUCUCAUGUAUGCAUAGAGCAAACGGCAAUCGAUUUCUUAAACUGUGGAAUUAAUGUUUAUAUUGUUGCCGAUUGUUGUACCUCCCGUCUAAAUCAAGAUCGCGAUUUGGCCUUAGAUCGCUUACGCGGGGCUGGUUGUGUAAUUACCACUAGUGAGAGCAUAAUUUUUAAUUUGCUGCGCGACAAAAACAAUCCGAAGUUUAAUGUGAUUCGGAAACUAGUCAAUCCCCCAUCGAUGGAUAUGCAAUUAGCUAAGUCUGGGCUUUCAAGUUCGUCUGGGUCUAAACUAUAAUUUUCGUCGGAGUAAAUCCAAACACUAAAUAUUAUGUGAUAUUAUUUAGUGAUAAAAAUUAUGUGUAUUUAAACUUAUAAUUAAAGUUUUUAUAUGACUUGUAUAUUCUUAACGGCUGGUUUAUCAAAAGAAAUAUACAUUUAUUAAAAAUUUCAAA